UUGUUUAUUAAUGCUCUGCGCAAAAUCGGCAACUUUACGGAUUCAUCGACAGAUGACGAUAAUUUCGUUUCGAUCUCAGGUUUUGUUGUCGACGGAAAGUGUGUUUUGAUAUUUGCAGCCGAUAUUUUUGUAUAUAUGUGUCAAAAUUCGUCGAAACAAAAUGAUCAAUUUGGAUUAUUUAACAGCUGGCACAGUUCCUGAAAAUGGAGUGCCUGAUAUGACUAGAUUAACAGUUUUAGAUGAAGAAGUAAUCAACAGAAAUUUACGAGUUCGCUACGAAAAUGACAGAAUAUAUACUUACACAGGAACAAUAUUGGUUGCAGUAAAUCCAUACAAAGACAUCGACAUUUAUUCACAGGAAUACGUGCAGAAAUACAACCGGCAAAAACUGAGCGAUGUCGAACCCCACGUUUUCGCACUUGCAGAAGCCGCGUACUCGGAUCUGCAGUCGGACGCGGGGGCGGUCGCGGUCGGGGGCGCGGGCGCGGGCCCGAAGUCUCGCAACCAAAGCUUGGUGAUCAGCGGCGAGAGCGGCGCCGGCAAAACCGAAAACACACGAUUCAUCUUACAAUAUCUGUGCUCGGUGACCACGGGUGUCUCCACCUGGAUCGAACAACAGAUUUUGGAAGCCAACACGAUCUUGGAGGCGUUCGGCAACGCGAAGACGGUCAAGAACGACAAUUCCAGCCGAUUCGGCAAGUUCAUGCAGGUCUGUUUCGAUUCGAGAUGGAUGAUUGCCGGAUGCAUAGUGCAGGAUUAUCUGCUGGAGCAGUCGCGACUGACGUUCCAAGGGCGCGGCGAAAGGAAUUAUCACGUCUUCUAUCAGCUGGUCGAAGGCGCCAAAAACAACGAGGAGUUAAGGACGCAACUGAAUCUGCGGGACGCCCAGUUUUACAACUAUCUGAACCAAUCCGACUGCGUGAAAAUGGACGGCGACGCGAAAAAAUUGGACAACUUACGACUGGCCUUUAACGUAUUGCAAGUGCCCUCGAACAUGUGCCAAGGCAUUUUCCAAACGUUGUCGGCGAUAUUGUGGCUCGGCAACUUGCAGUUCCAAGAUGUGGACGGCGAAAACUGUCAGCUGAGCGCAACGGACAGAGAGAUCGUCGAAGUCGUCUCGACACUGUUGAGCUUGGAGACGGAACAAGUGGAGCAGGUGUUGCUCAAGCGACAGAUCAACGUCAGAGGCAACAUCACCGAAAUACCGUUGAGGAUCCAAGAAGCGAAAGAGAACAGACACGCCAUGGCCAAAGCGUUGUAUUCGAAAACGUUUGCCUGGCUGAUACAACACAUCAACACGUGUACGAAUCCGGGAAAAGAUUCGAGCCGAUUUUUGGGCGUGCUAGACAUCUUCGGUUUCGAAAAUUUCAAUACCAACUCGUUCGAACAACUGUGCAUCAACUAUACGAACGAGAAACUGCACAAGUUCUUCAAUCACUACGUCUUCGCACUGGAACAAGACAUCUACGAAGAAGAAGGCAUCGAUUACAAUCACAUCGAAUUCACGGACAACACUUUGUGUUUGGAGUUGAUAGAAAAGGCUCCGAGAUGCAUCUUGAGGCUGUUGUCGGAGCAGUGCCAUUUGCCGAGAGGCUGCGACGCUUCCUACAUUUCUAACCUUCAUUCGGAGUUUGAAAAUCACGAAAGAUACGUUAAGGGUGACGACAGAAGAAAAUGGGAAACGGAGUUCGGCAUCCGUCAUUACGCCGGUUGCGUCAUGUACAACGUGAACGGAUUCGUCGAUAAGAACCGAGACGUGCAACAGGACGUGUUCUUCGACAUCCUGUCGAGAAGCAAGAACGAGUUCGUGCAAGUUUUGAGCACGUUUCAAGACGCGAAUCAGUUGACGGUGUCGAAAGGCACGAGCAAGGGAAAGCCGACAGUGUCGGACACGUUCAGGUAUCAACUUCAGGCAUUGGUGGACGUGUUGCAGAGCACGAAGCCGUGGUACGUGCGCUGCAUCAAACCGAACAAAGACAAACUGCCGAAAAUUUACGACAACACUUUGGUGCUGGACCAACUGAAAUAUUUGGGGAUGUUGGACAUAAUCAGGAUAAGGAAGGAGGGCUUCCCAAUUCACAUGACCUUCGACGAGUUCAUCCAGCGCUUCCAUUGUCUUUCCAAAAGUCGAUCGUCGUCGUCGUCGUCGUCGUCGUCGAACGUGAGAGAAGCUUGUCAGAGUUUGCUCACGAGUUACGAUUUGCCGAAAGCGGAAUGGCAAUUGGGAAGGAACAAGGUGUUUCUGCGGUCCCACGUGCACGAACCGCUCGAAGACACCCGAAACAAAAUCGUGCACGCCAAAGCGGUCUUGAUACAAAAAACGUUCAGAUGCUGGAUCAAGCGGCGCGACUACCUCCGAAAGCGCAACGCAAUUUUGAAGAUACAGCACGCGUACAGGGGCUGGAAGCUCCGGAUCCUGUUUUUGAAAAAGCGCCGCGCGGCCGUCGUCAUCCAGAAAAGGUUGCGCGGCGUUUUCGCUCGCGAAGUGGCGGCCGCUUUGCGCGAGAUGCGACGCGUCGACGAGGAGAUGAAGCGCCGCGAAGAGAGCCGUCUGCUCCAGGAGGAAAUCGAACGUCAAACGUUGGAAAAGGCGGCCGAGCAGGAGAUAGCGACGCUCAGUCACAUGGCGGAACAACUCAAACCGAAACUGGAACAAAACGAGUCCGUCGACCUGGACAAUUUGUUUGCGUUCCUGUCCGACGUCCAGCCUCAGACCAGCAACAAAAUUAUCGACGAGAUCGGCGUCAAAAUGGACGAACUGGUCGAAGACUUGGACGUGGAACUGGAGACGGUCAUCCAGCAAGAGUUGGAGGGUUUGGCGAACGAACAAAAGCAACCGGCACCGGCGCCGGCUCCGCCAAAAUUGGGUCUGCCGUCGCUCCCAGAACCGACGGAACCUCCGCCUCCCCCGCCGCCGUUCCAAAACUCGUCGGCCGAAGUUGCGACGACCGCUCCUGUCGAAAUACCGGAGGAGGAGAUCGAAAAGAAACAACGCGACAGCGGCAACGUGGAGCCGAUAUACGAGGCCGUCUUGCCGAGGGAGGAAACGGUUUCGCCGCCUCCGCUUCCCGCGCCGCCACGUCUUCCGGAUUCACCUCAAAAAAUGUUGAACAAACGAAACAGUCGAGAGGUGGUGGUGACGGAGCCGAACGUGGAACGAGAACAGAGGCGCAAAUUCCGAGUGGAAAAGAAACUUCAAGAGUUCCAGGACGAGAACAAACUUUCGACGGAGGACUCCCUUCAUCACGACAUGUUGGAGUUCGCGAACAAGUAUUUCAAUCAGCACGAGAGGAGCCCCGAAGGAACCAUAAUGGCGACGCUAACCAGAAAGAAGAACGUGGAAAUGGUGCCGAAAUACGAAAUGGUCACGUUCUACAAAGGCAGUUCGAUACCGAACUCCCACAUUCACAUGUACGAUCCGGACAACGUGAACGUUGCCUGCAUCAUUUUCAGGGACCUGUGCAAGUACAUAAAGGGCGAGUUGAACGCGGAACGCGAGCUGCUCGUGAUCCAAUCGAUAAUCGGCUACGCGCUCGAACGCGAAGAACUGCGCGACGAGGUGUUGGUGCAAUGCAUGAGACAGGCCACCAACAAUCCGAAUCCCGAGGGAACCGAACGCGUCUGGCUGUUGCUGUGCCUGUGCGUGGUCGCCUUCCAGCCCUCCAAGCUGCUGCACAGGUACUUCGUGUCGUUCUUGAGAAAGAACUUGGCACACGGCGGCAGAAUCAGUCAGUACGUACAGUGGUGCUUGGACAAUUGCAACAACACGAAGGUGACGACGAGAGAGAAGCCGCCUUCGAGCGUCGAAGUGGCGGCCAUGAAACGAUUGGGGACGAUCGUUUGCAGAUUUUUCUUCUUGGACGGCAGAACCAAAGCGAUCGACGUCCAUCCCACCGACACGGCCGGCGACGCCGCCCGGAAACUGGCCGAAAGACUCAACUUGAAGAACCUCGACGGCUGGGCGAUUUAUCAGAGCAGGCCGGACGGCGAAGAACACGUCAGGGCCCAUUAUUAUCUGUACGACGUCAUUGCGCAGUGGGAAACGGCCCAGAACAAAUUGGUGUCCACGUUGGGUAGGAGGAACACCAGUUUGGGCGGCGGCGAGAACAGAUUCGUGUUCAAGAGGCGACUGUUCCGUUCGUUCAGAGAGCUGAGUCAGGAUCCGGUCGAAGUGAAUUUGCUGUACGCCCAGGCCGUCUACAGUGUCGUCAAGUGCGACGACUUCCCCGUCACCGAAAAAGUCGCCCUCCAAUUGGCCGGGCUGCAAGCGCAAAUCUCCCUCGGCGACCCGAAAGACCGGCUCGACUACUACCGCGACAUCGACACCUACCUCCCGUAUCGCAUCAGCAAGACGCGCGGAGACGACGUGUGGAUCCCCAUUCUCUAUCAGGCACACAAACAGUACGGAGCCAACAGGGGCGAGUUAACUGCCAAGGCGUUGUACUUGAGUUGCGUGAUGCAGUAUCCGCUCUACGGGAGCAGUCUUUUCAAAGUCACGUACAGAGGAUACUGGAGUUUCGGCAACAGCGUCGUGUUGGGCGUCAACUGCGACGGCAUCAUGCUCAUCAAAAACGACGACAAGUUCGUGUUGAACGAGUUCAAGUAUCAGGAGAUCGAAAGCAUCCUGCUCGACCCGAGCGACUCCUUCAUAACGAUCACGCUGCUGAGACACGACCACAAGUGUUAUGUUUUCGAGACCGAACAGAAAAACGAGAUCGGCUCGUUGAUCGCGUCCUACUGUCCCAAUUUGGCCAACUGGCUUACCGAACUCGAACCGAUCCGAACCAAAACGAUCACGAACGAGGACCGCAUCCGUUUGUAUCACAAUUUGAUCAACUGUCGCCGCACGUUGGUCGAUUUGGAUCUGGUCAAGCGACCCGUCGAAGCUUCGGGCGGAUUCUUGCGCAACACUCUGAGGCGGUUGAGCAAACACAAAUUGGAGAGGCUACGACAGGAGAACGGAGGAGACGGCGAAACGUACAAGGGUUUCCAUUAUGCGUUUUGGGCGUUCAGCAAGCAGCUGCAACAGAGCAUCAGCAGACUGAACGAGCAGGAGGAACAGCAGAUGUUGCAGGUGUUCCAGAUCAUGCUGACCUAUGCCGGAUUAGGACAGAACGGCGACACGAUCCGUCGUGCCGAAGACGAGCACGUCACCCUCCUCCAAACUAUCCUCGAUCGUUGCAUGCGCAAGGACACUCAUCUGUGCGAACUCUAUCUGCAACUGAUCAAGCAAACCACCGACCAUCCCGACCCGAACUCGCGCGUCAAUCUGCGCCACUGGGCGCUGCUGUCUCUCUGUUGUUCGGUGGUGCUGCCUCCGAACAAGGCCAUCAGACGUUACCUGAUCGCACACCUGAAGCGGUGCGCCUCCGACUUCGUCACCGAGGAAGGCAAGUACGCGAGAUUCGCGGAAAAAUGCCUGAUGAACACUCAGGGCACGAAACGUAGGCAGUUCCCUCCGUCCAAGGAGGAAAUCCUGUGCACCAUCAACAGACGACAGGUGUACGCCCGGUUUCAUUUCAUGGACGGCCAAUAUCAUUCGAUCGAGUUCAAUCCGUCGGCCACUGCGAAGGAAGUCCUCGAAUUAGUCAGAGACAAAAUGGGCCUCAGUCCGAACGCAAAAGGUUACGCCAUCUACGAAGUGUUGGGCAACUCGGAGAGGAGUUUGGCACACGACGAAAAGGUGACGGACGUGAUGGCCAAAUGGGAGAGGUACAGGGUGGCGAAUCAGAACGGCAACAGAAGGAAGCAACAUCACUUCUUCUUGUUCAAAAAGCAUCUGUUCCUGGACGGAGAUUUGGGAGUGAAGGACGAGGUGGAAAAGGAACUGUUGUACCAUCAGGUGUUGCACGAUCUGAGGACGGAUCGGUUUCCGAUCACCGACAAGGAGGCGACGAUGCUGACCGCCCUUCAGGCUCAAUUGGAGCUCGGCGACUUGGUCGAGCAUCGACACGACUAUCGGCCGAUCGCGGCCCACUGUCUUCCCACCCGGCUCGUGCCCGCCAUUCCCUUCGAACAAGUCCAGAUGCACCACCAAUCGUUGAAGGGUAUGACGUCGUCGGAGGCCAAACAGGCGUUCCUCAAUCUGAUCCAGAGCUGGCCGUUGCACAAGGCCACGAUAUUCGACGUGAUGCAGUCGUUCACGUCCAACUGGCCGCGGGUUCUGUGGCUGGCCGUCGAUCAGAAGGGGCUGCAUCUGCUGGAGCACCGAUCACGGAACGCGUUGUGCAGUUACGAGUACUCGAGCGUGCUCAGCUACUCGCCCGCGGUUAAUUGUCUUCUGAUCGUCACGGGAAGCGACAAGAAACAAAGCAAGGUGAUUCUGACGACGGCACAGGCGUUCCAAAUCGGGGCGCUAAUCGGAGAAUACAUGGAGGUUCUGUACGGCGAUUUGAUCGAACUGAAGAAGACGAUGAACAAGAGCUAGAAAAGAGUCACGUUCGCCGAUCAAUAAUCCGAAUCGAGUAUAAAUCGAUUAAUAAUUACUGUUAAUAAUUGUUGAUCUGUUAAUACUCGAUCGUUCGGCGAACAAUUACCCAAAUCGAUUCCGUUGUUCAGAUCGUUGUUUUCGUUUCAGGCUGUGUUUUAGUACCAAAAAAAAAGAAAAAACCAAAACAACCGUAACUCACUGUGUUUAGUUUUAUAAUUAUUAUUUUUAUUAUGAGACUGAUCGAUUCCAAAUAAAAUUAACGAUGAAUAAUUAUAGGAAUAAAUAACUGCCAGUUUUUUGAUUAACCAUGCGUAAUUAAUUAAUUAUCGUAUAGGGGAAGAAUAAACACAUGUUUAACUAGUCAAAAUAUGAUUGAUUGAUUGAUUGUAAAUAAAUAAAUGAAUUAAUUAAUUAAUUAAUU